UGUGGCGGUAUCAAUGCGCAGAAGGGAAGCACAGCAGCUGUGUGUGAAGCGCUCGGUUACGUCCCUCUGUUUCUAAGACUAAUUUACUUUUCCUUUAUCAACCAUGAAGUUUCAAUACAAAGAAGAGCAUCCUUUCGAGAAGAGGCGAUCGGAGGGAGAGAAAAUCAGGAAGAAAUAUCCAGACAGGGUUCCUGUAAUUGUGGAAAAAGCUCCUAAAGCCAGAAUAGGUGACCUAGACAAGAAGAAAUACCUGGUGCCCUCUGACCUGACAGUGGGCCAGUUUUACUUCCUCAUCCGAAAGCGAAUCCACCUGCGAGCCGAGGAUGCUCUCUUCUUCUUUGUAAACAACGUCAUUCCCCCAACCUCCGCCACCAUGGGCCAACUGUACCAGGAACAUCAUGAAGAAGAUUUCUUCCUUUACAUCGCCUACAGUGACGAGAGUGUGUAUGGAGAAUAAAGCCAAAGAGAAACGACCCUCAUCCCCCCCCCCCCUCUCUCUCUCUUCCUUUUAAAUCAGUCUAUAGACGUCAUGCUGGCAGCCUAGAGCUCUCAGCACUGACGCAUAAGAUGCACUUUUUUAUCACUUUGGGUUUGUCAUAUCUUCUCUCGUGUUUCCAUCCUUUGGUCUGACAGUCAUUUCUGAUGUUUAUUAAGAAUUCUCCGAGAUGCCGGUUCUUACAAAGCUCUAAUGCUAUGAAAAUGCCACUGAUACUGUUACAGUUCGAAUUGAUUUCUGCUUGUAUGCAGUUGUGUAUCCGUUAAUAACAUGCAGACCUUUCCUAGUCAAGCUCAUUUCACACAUUUCUGGUUAUAAAUGAACGUUUGCUCUUCUAGUUGGUCUCUUACUAGCACUCGCUGGUCAGUCAGUCCAGAAAUGGGACUAAAGUGUAUUCUGUUAUCAGCUUAAGUCUAAUAUGCUGUUGUUACCUUGAUUUGCUUUUAUUAUCAUACCUAAUUGAAUGUAGAUGGGUAGCUUUAUUUUAAGUUGUAUAUCUGAAGUGCAAGUUUUAUUUGCAGUUAAAUUUUUUUUUUAAUCUUGGUAUUCAGUUGUAUUUCUGGUACCCCUGACAAUGACCUUAUAAACCAAGUGCACACCAA